GUUCUUCCCUCUUCAGAUCAAAAGUUCCAUGUUUUGCUGGCUUCAUUUUUUAUCUCUGUUCCUGCAGGUCAAGGCAACAGAUGCGGAUGCUGACCAGUUUGGUGAAAUUGAGUAUUUUCUUUAUGAUGGGUUUCAUUACUAUGAAAAAUCCAAAGCCUUCCAGAUUGACCCACGUACUGGUCAGAUCUGUGUGUCUCAAGACAUUGACAGAGAAGGAGAUCCAACCACUUAUGAUCUCUUAGUAAAAGCUACGGAUGGGGGUGGGCUGAGUGCCCAAGCUUUUGUUCGCAUUGAGAUAGAAGAUAUUAAUGAUAAUCAACCUGUUUUUGAACAAGCUGUCUAUGUGACGAGCAUCAGCGGUCACACGCAGCCAGGAACAGAGAUCAUCAAUGUUGUUGCCACAGACAGAGAUUCAGGAAUAUAUGGCGUUGUUACAUACGAACUGGUCCCAGGAGAAUUUUCUUCUUUCUUCACCGUGGAUACAUCCACAGGAAUUAUUUACCUGAUCUCAGCUCUUGGCCAGCUGACGCAUUCUGCGCUCUUCCUGACUGUUUCUGCACGGGAUGGGGGUGGCCUUCCCUCUGCCGCCAAUGCAGCUGUCACAGUAAACAUCCUUCAGACCGCUUCGGCCCCUGCCAUAUUUGAGAGAUCCCGGUAUACUUUUGCUGUUCCCGAAGAUGCACCUGAAGACAGCCCUAUCGGCACCGUAAAAGCCAGAGAGCCUCCAAAUUCUUUAGAAGUGGUUUCUUACAGAAUUUCCUCUGGUGAUCCACAUGGAAGAUUCUCUAUUGACCCCCAGUUUGGUAUCAUCCGCUCCAAAAACCAGCUUGACCAUGAAACUCAGUCUGUUGUGGUGCUCACCAUUCAGUCACAGCUGGGUAACUCCCCUGUCUACAGUAGCACCCAGGUCAACAUAUCUGUGAUAGAUAUUAAUGACAACCCUCCUGUAUUUCUUACCAAAUCUGAUAAGGUAACUAUUUCACAUACCCAGCCUCCUGGCACUACUGUCUACAUUGCUCAUGCAGAAGACAAAGACAGUGGCCUAAAUGGGGCAAUCAAAUACAGUAUUGCAAGCGAGCAGUCAAAUGCAUUUAGCAUUGAUCCAAGCCUUGGAGUGGUAAACCUCACCAGGACAAUGUUUGCAGAUAAGCAGCAUGAAUAUACUCUACACAUAGCAGCUGAAGACUGUGGAAGUCCUCCUCUGACUUCUUUGCUGAUGUUGACGGUGAUUAUUGAAGAGCAGAAGAUGGGCCCUACUUUGGUUUUUCAAAACUUGGUGUAUCAAGUAGAAAUUAGUGAAGCUACCUCUCCAGGUGCCCGAAUCCUUCAGGUUCAAGCCCACUCACUUGAUCCACACAGUGUUACCUCCAAGCUGAUAUAUUCCUUGGAGCCUAGCACAGAUUCUGUUGCAUUUGGAAUCAGCUCUGAUACUGGCUGGAUUUAUCUUAGGAAACGUUUGAACUACGAAUGUGCACAGAUACUAAGUUUUAGAGCCCUGGUCAGCACCUCUGAGGAUGAAAAUCUCAGGCAAAAUGCAUGUACAUCGGUUAUAGUUAAUGUCCUGGAUGAAAAUGAUAAUUCUCCCAUGUUUACACAUGAGAGCUACUUCUUUGAAAUGGAGGAAAAUCCAAUUCCCAGGGGUGUGGUUGGCACGAUUACCGCUAUUGACAAAGACUCGGGAAGAAAUGGACAACUUUCCUAUUUCCUCUUGUCUGAUGGAAAGUAUUUCAAGAUGAAUUCCAACACAGGUGAAAUCAUAAACUGGGUUGCACUAGACCGUGAAAAACAAGCUCACCACCAGCUGACCGUGCUAGUGACCGAUCACGGGUCACCGCGGCUCAAUGCCACGACAGCAGUGUACAUCACGGUGAGGGACCUCAACGACAACAAGCCCCUCUUCCCUCAGGCGGCCCUCGAGGGCGAGCUGCACCUCAAGGUUUUGGAAGGGCAGCCGUCAGGGACACUUAUUACCACCGUCUUUGCAAAGGACUUUGAUUCUGGAAACAAUGGUGUUGUAUUAUAUUCAAUAGAACCAGAAGAGGAUAUAGGAUACUUCCAGAUUGAUGCUGUCAGUGGGGAGUUAAGAACAACCCGGUCUCUGUCACAUGCUGAGAGAUCAGACUACAGAAUGAUGGUCACAGCCAGGGACCAGGGGAUGCCAUCGCUUCAGGGACAUGCUGCUGUUUACAUCCAGGUAAUCCCCCUUCCCAACAGGAGAUCUGUCUUCUCUCAAGAUUUCAAGCACUUUGUCAUACCUGAAAAUUUUAAACCUGCACAAGUGUUGAAUUCUCUGAAGUGGCCUGAUAAUCAUCUAACAACUAACAGGAAACUGCAUUUCAGUAUCGCUAAAGAUGACGAUGAUGUUCAUUUUGAAAUAGAUAGUUUGACAGGAGACCUUUUUCUUUCCAAGGAACUUGACUUUGAAAUUGCUUCACACUUCCUUUUGCAAGUUAUUAUAAAGGAUUAUAAUAGUAAUCCUCCACAGAAUAACAGUGUCUUCCUAAGUAUUGAUGUAGAAGAUCAGAAUGAUCAUUCUCCGUAUUUUCAAGAUGACUUUGUAGUGAUUGGCAUAGAGGAAAACGUACCUGUUGGCACUCUGGUUUACACAUUCAAUGCAAAAGAUGGAGAUGGCAGUUUUCUGAACAGCAAAAUACAGUAUUCCCUAGAAAUUAGUAACAUGGAUGAGAAUCCAUUUCUUAUUCACCCUUCGUAUGGCACCUUGACCACAGCUUUUCCACUAGACAGGGAGAUUACCCGCUCUGUCAUCCUUACAGUCUCUGCAGCAGACCAGGCAAUAAAUCUGACUGAUCGUAGGCUUGAUUCCCUGGCUGUGAAAAUUGUUAUUUUAGACAUCAAUGACAACAGUCCCAGUUUUACGUCUUCACCUCUUUCCUAUGUCAUGGAGGAUGUGGAGGUGGGCUUCCUUGUGCACCACAUAAUUGCGAAGGAUCCUGAUGAGGGAAGAAAUGGACAAGUUACAUAUCGCAUUCUUUCAGGCAAUGAAAACAGAGCAUUUGCACUGGAUAAAAUCACAGGACUCUUAACUACAGCCCAGCUUCUGGACCGUGAGAUUCAGGAGCGCUACAGUUUGACAGUCAUGGCUCUUGAUGACGGCAGCCCAGCUCUCUCCGCCACACAGGUUCUAACCAUCAUUGUGCUUGAUGUGAAUGAUGAGACCCCGAUAUUUCUGAAGCAAAUUUACGAGACUGCUGUUUGUGAAAACCAAGAUCCAGGAGAGUUUGUUGUAAAGGUGGAAGCUGUGGACAGAGAUGCAGGACUGAAUUCAUUGCUUCGGUAUGAAAUCUUACCAGGAACUGGUUAUGAGAAAUUUAAGAUGAACUCAGACAGUGGAGAACUCAUAACAACUGCAUCACUGGACAGGGAAACCCAGGAGGUUUUCAGUAUUAAAGUUUUGGUUCGAGAUAGUGGAACCCCGUCGCUGUCGAGCACAGUGACAGUUCUCUGCACAGUGCUGGACGAAAACGAUCACUCUCCCACACUUCUUCUUCCCACUUCCGAGAUCCAUAUUCCAGAGAACCAACAGCCUUCUGUCGUUUUUAUUACCCGGGCUGUAGAUAUGGAUGCUGGCAAUAACGGAGCUCUAAGAUACAAAAUAAUUGGUGGAAAUGUUGGAGAAUACUUCACACUAAAUAACACUUCAGGAAAACUGCUGGUCACUCGUAGCUUAGACAGAGAAGACAUCAGCAAUUUCACUCUUGUAAUUGAGUGCCGUGACCUAGGCAGUCCCUCGAGAAGCUCUACUGCACAGCUCUAUCUAAUGGUCUUGGAUGAAAAUGACCACAACCCAUUGUUUGCAAAGACCCAGUAUCAAAUCUCCGUGAGGGAAGACCUAGAGAAAGGCUCAGCCAUCCUGGACCUCUUUGCUUCUGAUGAAGAUGACGGCCUGAAUGGCAAAGUUACGUACUCCCUCAUUGAUGACACCUUUGGAGCGUUUGCUAUCGACAGCGUAACGGGGUCAAUAGUUACUACAAAGGCACUGGACCGGGAGACCAAAUCCCAGUAUACAUUUAGGGCUGUGGCAAGUGACUGUAGCACCCAUUUGCCAAGAAGCACCACUGUCAGUGUUGUGGUGCACGUUGAUGAUGUCAAUGACAAUGAUCCUGUUUUUUUGCAGAAUCCUAUCAGGGCCUUUGUGCCUGCUGAAACCCCUGUGAAUGAGACCAUAGCCACUGUGAGAGCAGAGGAUGUGGAUCUGGGAUCAAACGGAGCUGUUGUUUUUAGUUUAAUCGCAGAAACUGUAUUUCAGAUUGACGCGAAGACAGGUGACAUCAUUCUUCAGGAGCCCUUGGCUUCCAAGGACUUCAGUACCCAGCUGCUAGUGAUGGCUUCAGAUCAAGGUAUCUCACCUCGGACAGCCACAGCUAUGGUCAUUAUCCUUACAGAAGAACAAGAGGAGGAGAUUUCAUUCAGCCAUAGCCUGUAUGAAGCAAGCAUGCCUGAGAACAGUGCAGCAGGUACGUCACUUCUAACUGUAGAAGCUUAUGAACACAAAUUUAUGGGAGAAAACAUAAAAUACAGCAUCUUUGAUGACAAGGAAAGCAUAUUCUCCAUACACCCCAUUACAGGUGCAAUCACAGUAGAAGAGCCAAGGUUUCUUGAUUAUGAAGUUAAGAAUAAAAUACAUCUUUCCAUUUUGGCUGAAAAUGGCUUGAAUUCAGCGCUCUGUGGAGUGACAAUUUUGAUACAAGAUGUGAAUGACAAUGUACCUACAUUUGAGCAAAGUUAUUACAAAGCAUCGGUAUGGGAAGGCCAAAGUCCUAAAACAGACAUAGUACAGGUAUUUGCAACUGACCUUGACAGUGGGCUGAAUGGAGAAACUGAAUACUCAAUUUUAUCUGGUAAUGAAAAUGCAACAUUUCUAAUUGAUCCAGUACGGGGGAUUUUAGCAACUAAUACAGUCCUAGAUCAUGAAAGCACUUCAUCUUACAGGUUGGUUGUACAAGCUGCUGAUAAAGGAAACCCCAGACUUUCUGCUACAAGUAUUGUGAGGAUACAAGUGUUAGAUGUUAAUGACAACGCUCCAGUUGUCCAACCACUAGGUGAAGUGGAGGUCCCAGAAAAUGCCCUGCCUGGUUUUAUAGUGACUCAGGUGUCAGCAAGUGAUGCAGACUCCAAGCCAGCACUUCAGUUUGCUUUUAUUUAUGAUAAUAGUUCUGGAAUGAAAUUUGCCAUCGAUCAACACACUGGUGUAGUCACAGUGGUGGAACCAUUAGAUUUUGAAGAAACUGCUGUGUAUAAGCUGAGAAUCAUAGUUUCAGAUUCUGUACAUCAAACAGAAGCAGAACUCGCCAUCCUUGUUUUGGACAUCAAUGAUAACCCACCAGUGUUUACUCAGGAUUCGUAUCAGGUGAGCUUGCCAGAGCUCAUUUCUAUGGAUUCCACUGUUCUGACAGUUUCUGCUGUGGAUAGGGAUUCGGAGCAUAAUGGAAUGAUUUCCUACAAAAUCCUCUCCUCCUCUGAGGGUUUUGCCAUUGAUCGUAAGAAUGGUUCAGUGUUUGUUACAGGACCAGUGACACAGCUGGAAAAGAUUCCCAUUAUCCAGCUCCUGAUAGAAGCCAGGGAUGGUGGCAGUCCCCCUCUGAGUGCAGUUACCUCCAUAGAGGUGCACGUAGAAGAUGUAAAUAACUACGCCCCUCAGUUCACAAGGGUGCUGUACAAUCUCAGCGUGAGUGAGGAUGCCUCUGUUGGAGUAAGUGUCCUCACGUUUUCAGCCAUCGACUAUGACUGGACACAUGAAAACACAUAUGUUGAAUACUCUAUUAUUGAUGGGAAUUCUGACAAUUUAUUCUCUGUGGAAACAAGUGUCGUGGAGUCAGAAACAUCCUACAAGCUUGUUGGCAACCUCAUUUUGAGCAAUACUCUCGACAGGGAAAUGGCUUCUUCUCACUGUUUGGUCCUCCUUGCCUCCGAUCGUGGAACGCCCUCCUUGAAUUCAACUGCUACUGUGCUAAUAACUGUACUGGAUGUUAAUGAUAAUCCUCCAGUAUUUAGCAGCCCGGAGUACCAUAUUCAUGUCAAAGAAAGCAUCCCUGUAGGUAGCCACAUCACUGAAGUUUCAGCAAAUGACUGCGAUGCAGGCACUAACGCAGAGAUCACUUAUGCUAUGAUCUCUGGAAAUGACGGGGGACAUUUUCGCUUGGAUGGGAAAACAGGAUCAGUGGAUUUGAUGAAAAUGCUGGAUUAUGAGGAUACCAUGAAAUUCACUUUGAUCAUCCAAGCCACAGAUGGAGGAGCUGAUGCAAAAAAUGUGGCUUUUUCUGUUGUUCUUGUUAGCGUCCUAGAUGACAACGAUUAUGCCCCACUCUUUUUGUUUCCUAGCCUGAGCUGUGUUGUCAGUGAAAAUCUGCCUACCUUUUCUUUUGUGUGUGCCAUUAAUGCACUGGAUUUUGAUAAAGGCUCCUAUGGCCACCUUACCUACUCCAUCCAGUCUUCAUGUUUGGCUCAUCGGGAAGCUCCUAGAGACCAUGACAUGUUUUUCAUUGAUCCUUUGACAGGAGAUAUUCAUACAAAGCAAAUGUUUGACUAUGAAAGUCAGAAUAGGUACUGCUUUAUAAUUCAAGCAAAAGACAAAGGUGACUCACUGGCCACUGUUACAGUUCAGGUAGAUAUUGAGGGGAGAGAUGAAUUCGACCCAGUGUUUACACAAGAUCAGUAUUUCUUUAAUCUUCCUGAGAAGAACGAAGCAGGCCAGUUGCUUGGCAGGGUGACAGCAUCAGACAGCGAUGGUGGCCUGGAUGGAGUUGUCCAUUACUCCCUGAUAAAAACUUCUCCCUUCUUUUCUGUGAAUCAAACCAGUGGUAGUAUUUAUUUGACUCAGACUGUUCACAGAAAGAAAAAUGGCAGCAAAAGGAAUGAUGACACCCUGGAAUUGUUGGUAAGAGCUCAUAGCCCCAAAACUGAGUCAAAGUUCACAGUAUGCACCGUUUUGGUAAAUGUUUCCAAUUCUCCUGAGAGUUAUCCCAUAGUGUCAGCAUACAGCCUGACCAUUAGCUUUUCAGUCUCCUUGACAGUGUUCCUACUGCUUGUGGUCAGUGUUAUUGUGCUCAUUCUGAGACAUAAGCGGAAAGAUCUGAUGGACUUGUGUGUGAAAAAAGAAGCAGUAUCCUCAGCUACUGAUGUGAAUUCAGCCAGCAAAGAUAAGGACUGCCAGAAAAUCCAAAGUACUGAGAGCAGUAUGCUUCCCAUGGGUGCCAUAGCAGAAUGGCUCAGCUUAGCAGGAAUUGGAGAGGGGAAGGAUGAUGGUGUCCCCUGCAGGCAUUCAGACUCCAGUGGCCACAGUUCUGCCGAAGGAGAAACUGCAGAGGAUGAGGAAAUCAAACGGAUCAAUGAGCAUCCUUGCAGAAAGAGCACCGGCUCAGCAGUGAGCGAACACGGCUCGCGGGUGCCAGAUUCAGGGAUCCCAAGAGAGUCUGAUCAGCUCUCCUGUCAGUCUGGAGAAAUGGAUGUCGUGGCUACCAUUCAAAGCAUGGAGAGGGGGCAGGCCAUCUCAAACACUUAAGAUAAUUGGAAUAAAAGAGAAGACAUAAUGACAGACCUCACAGGAGAAUAUGUCUUGAUGUCAGACAGGCAGGACUCUGGGUAUGAUUCGCUUGCAACUCUUGGCACCUCUGAUGAGGAUCUCAGAGGUGGUUAUAACUGGGAUUAUGUGCUCAGCUGGGAGCCCAGAUUUCAACCUCUUGCCUCAGUGUUUAAUGAUAUUGCAAAACUGAAAGAUGAAAGCGUACACAUUCAUAGCUUCCCUAAGGAGAAGAAAUCUCUUGUUUUCCCUCCUCCCUUGAUAACAUCAGUAGCUCAGCCUGGCAUAAGGACAGUGCCACCACGAAUGCCAAAUAUAAUAUCAGGGCAAGCAUUUAAAAACCACCCUCGUUCUCCCCUUAUCCAUAAUCUUGGAUACCCUCCACCAACCAUGACCCCAAAUUUUUCUCCUUCUCUCUCUUUACUUACCAUGCAGACACCUACUGCUUCUCCAGUAAUAUCUGAUGGGAGAAGGAUAGGAACUUGUCUUAUUGAUCCAUGCCAUGAACUUGCAACAGAGGAGGAAAUUCAGGUCUAG